UUGACAGGUGUUUGAUUGAUAUCAAACACAACAAUUUCAACACUUGUUCUAGUUCGUUUUGAAUGCUGUUCUUCAUGAUAGAAUACGACGUCCAUGCAGCCAAUUCUGUAAAAGAGACUAACCUAAAUCAGCAAUGUUUAUAUAUUUGAGCAAGAAAAUCUCCAUUCCAAACAAUUUUCGAUUGAACUGCAUAGCAUGGAAUCAAAAGAAUGGAUAUAUUGCUGUGGGAGGAGAAGAUGGCUUGUUAAAGGUGCUAAGAGUAGAUUCCAGUGUCAAUGGAUCAAAUAGUGGAGGGAAAUCUAGAGGUUUGGCUGCAGCAAGUAAUUUAAGCAUGAAUCAGCCUCUGGAGGGCCAUAAUGGUCAUGUUCAAGUAGUCACAUGGAACGAAGAGCAUCAAAAAUUGACUUCAAGUGAUCAGAAUGGAGUUAUAAUAGUCUGGAUGUUAUACAAAGGAUCAUGGUACGAAGAAAUGAUAAACAAUCGGAACAAGUCUGUGGUGAGAGGUAUGGCGUGGAGUUGCGAUGGUCAAAAGAUAUGCAUAGUUUACGAAGAUGGAGCUGUGAUUGUUGGUUCUGUAGAUGGUAACAGGAUCUGGGGCAAAGAAUUAAAAAAUGUAUCUCUCUCUGCUGUGCAAUGGUCUCCAGAUGGAAAGCUGCUUUUAUUUGGUUUAAAAAACGGUGAGAUUCAUCUCUAUGAUAAUCAAGGCGUAUUUCUGACAAAAUUGAAUGUACUCUCGUUGAACACCUCUCAGCUUCAAACCAUAGUAGCACUGCAGUGGUACGAUGGAAGAAAUGGUUAUGUCGCCAUGGACUGCCCUACUUUAGCUAUCUGCUAUCGUAAUGGUAGAAUACAAUUAAUGCGAGACACCACUGACGACAAUCCAGUUAUGCUGGAGACUGGUGUAACCACCUCGUGGUGCAAUUGGAACAGUUGCGGAUCUCUUCUAGCAGUAACAGGUCUCAUGCCGAUGCUCAGUAAUGGAGAGACAAAGGACAUGAAUGUAAUUCAGUUUUACACGCCUUUCGGUGAGCACGUGAGGACCUUGAAGAUACCAGGCAGAGAAGUAACAUGUUGCACCUGGGAGAAGGGUUCUCUAAGAGUUGCUUUAUCCGUUGACUCACAUAUAUACUUUGCGAAUAUUCGUCUAGAUUACAAAUGGACGUACUUCAGUAACACGGUCGUCUUCACAAACGAGAAGAUCAGCAAGGACGGCACCUGCGUGACUUUCUGGAACACAAGCAGCAAUACGUGUUGCACCAAGUAUGUAAGGUCUUUAAUAUCAAUAGCUUCUUACGGAGAACACUGUGUCUUGUCUGUGAGAAACGAUCCUGCUCAAGCCAGCGAGCAAUUCGCUCUCCUCGUUUGCAACACCAUCGCCACGCCGAUAGAUUCUAAAUUCCUGGAUCUGGAACCGUUGCAUCUUACCAUGACCAGCAAUAUGGUCAUGGCUGCGUCCAAGAACAACUUCCUCGUGUGGAACUUCCGCACACCCCGCAACGCGACGUUGCAUCCUAGUAGAAUGCGUAAAUACAGGAUCUACCACGUUGACGAAACGCCCACCGGCGUGACAGAAGUUAUUCAGGAUCUGGACAAGGAUGGCUCGUUUGAGGCACCGAUCAGUACAAAAGCCACUAUGGAUCCUAUCUGCUGCAUCUACGCCACGGAAAAGAUUCUUCUGGUCGGCCGAGAAUCAGGGAUGAUUCAACGAUACUCUCUGCCGCAAAUAACGCUCAUGAACAGAUAUAACACCGCGUGUAAAUUGAACAGAAUCGCCAUUAAUUGCGACUCUACGCGUGUGUCUAUUAUGGAUGCCAACGGUAUUCUGACGAUGUUAGAUCUGGAUCCGCAGAAGAUGCCCGACUCGCGAGACGGAGAUACGGGCGAGGAUAUAUCUAAGUUCGAAAGGAAAGAUGUAUGGGCCAUGUGCUGGGCGCAGGACAAUCCUGCGCUCUUAGCGAUUAUGGAGAAGACUAGGAUGUACGUUCUGAGAGGGGUGGAUCCUGAGGAACCUAUAGCCUGUUCCGGAUACAUCUGUUCAUUUCAAGAUUUGGAAAUACGUUGCGUUCUUCUAGACGAUCUUAUGCUGAAACCAGACGACACGCGAAAAGAUUUGAUCGUCGACUUGGAAGUGAAAUCCUUGAGAGAUACGAGAGAGUUGUUGGCCAAGGUAGGUCUGAAGGAGGCCAACAAUUUCAUCCAGGAUAAUCCGCACCCGCGUCUCUGGCGUUUGCUGGCUGAAUCGGCGUUGACGAAGCUGGAUCUUGAAACAGCGGAAAAUGCUAUGGUGCGAUGCACGGAUUAUCUGGGUAUACAGUUCAUCAAACGUCUGCAUAACGUGCACAACGACCAGCUGAAGAAGGCCGAGGUGGCGGCGUUUCUCGGCAACUACGACGAGGCCGAGAAACUAUACUUGGAUAUGGAUAGAAGAGACUUGGCGGUCGCGCUGCGCCAGAAGCUGGGCGACUACUUCAGGGUCGUGCAGUUGAUGAAGAUGGGCAUUGGCGGUUCCGACAAGCAGAUGGAGCAUGCGUACAACAAGAUCGGCGAUCACUUUGCCGAGAGGCAAAAUUGGGAAAGCGCGAAGGAGUAUUAUGAAAAAGGUAGAAACCUUGAAAAACUCAUUCAAUGCUACUACAAGCUGGAAGAUUUUCCCCAGUUAGCGGCGACUGUCGAUCAGCUGCCGGACAAAAGUCCCAUCUUGAAGACUGUGGCGAGAAUGCUCGCUUCAGUGGGAAUGUGCUCGCAAGCGGUGGCGGCUUACAUCAAGUACGGCGACGUAAAACUUGCCGUGGAUACAUGCGUGCGUCUUAAUCAUUGGGACCAAGCUGUUGACCUGGCGAAGACCUACAAGAUGGCACAGAUUGGCGAGCUGCUGAAUAAAUAUGCCAACCACCUGUUGUCGAACGGUAAGCGUCUGCAGGCGAUCGAGUUGUACAAGAAAGCCAAUUACAAUCUGGAGGCGGCGAAGUUAUUGCUGCGUCUCGCCGAGGAACAAGCCAGAUCCAAGUCGCAUCCUCUGCGCGUGAAGAAGAUAUACGUUCUCGCGGCGUUGUUGAUCGAGGAUCACAUCAACAGCGUUCCGGCGAUAAAGGGCGGUCGCAGCAAUAUUGUUAUGGGUCUCUCCGAAAGUAACGAGGACACCAAAAUUAUCGAAAACGCCUGGCGAGGUGCCGAGGCGUAUCACUUCCUUUUACUUGCACACAGGCAAUUGUACGACGGCGGCUUCGACGCCGCGAUGAAGACGGCCUUGCGAUUGAGAGACUAUGAGGAUAUUUUGGAAGUAGAAGAUAUCUACUGUCUACUGGCGCUGUCCAGCGCGGUUAAUCACGCAUUUGCCACCUGCUCGAAGGCGUUCAUAAAACUAGAAGGGCUGGAAAAAAUUUCAGAGGCGAAGAAAGAAGAGUACGAGGAAUUGGCGGUGGAUAUUUUUACAAAAUAUACCCCGAAGGAUUCCCGCAACAACAAAGCAGAAUGCGUCAACUGCGAAACUCUAGUGCCUGACUGGUGCGUAGCGUGUCCGAAUUGCUCGACCAGAUUCCCAGCUUGCAUUGUCUCAGGGAAACCGCUGAUGGAUCUCAGCGUCGCGUGGAUCUGCACCGUCUGCAGACAUCACGUUGCAACGGAACGCGACGUUGUUAACAUAAAUGCUUGCCCGUUGUGUCACAGCACCAUCACGUAUAUGUAAGUGAGCAUGUAAGUAGUUUAUCGAGUCAUUGAAUUUUUAUUCAAACAUUUGCUAACAUUUUGUGAAAAUAGAUUGCAAUUUUUUGUAUCUUAAUGAUUGUGCAAUAAGAAAAUAGAAAAUUUUAUUUUAUUUUAUGAUUGUGAAAGAUAUAAGGUCAAUAUCGAAGCAGUUUUUAUAAUCAAUGAGUUAACUAUAACUUGAUUUUGAAAGCAAACAGUUUAAAACGAUUCAGAAAUGAGACAAAGUGCCGUUGUUUCGUGCCUUAAUAGAGUAAUUAACUCUGGAAAAUUACUAACGAGGAUUAUCAAAUCCAGUAGACUUUUAAAAGCGUGCCAAUUUUUCCUUUUUGUGCACUGACACAUUUUUACAGCCAUUACAAAUAGGAUUUAUACCAGGCUUUUAACGAUGAAUAUUUAUACGUUUUAUUUGUUUUUCAUGAUGACGAUGCCAUUCUUUGGUAUUAUGUGCAAAACUAUAUUAAUAUUAAUCCGUAGGCUAAUGUCAUCAACAUUGAAAUAGAAUAAUAUACAGUGAACGUUCGAUACUUGCUAUUUCACGUUAAAGUGAAUAUCUUUUAACGAAGCGACAAAAUGUAAUCUAAUGAGAAUGCAAUUUCAACAGCUUGCCAUUACAUAUGCAUUACCGACGUUGCGGCUAUGCGCACCUGCUGUUACAUUUAGAACGUAAUGAGCGUUUAAUGAGUAGAUCUUGUUAGUUUUGCCGCGUUUGUGAAGUUUAUGCAAGUGCGAGUACUAUUACCAGUUGGUUUUGAUAUAGCCAUGCAGAUAGUUGCUUUUAAUUUCAGCCUGACAUUUGUAAUCGAAUAAUUGAUCUCUCGUUAAUUGAAAUAUUAUUAUUUCUAUAAUAUUAUUCUUUUAGAGUAUGGUAGUAUCAUUACUGAUAUUAUAAUCAUAUUAUCAUUACAUAUUAUACGUUUGUAAUCCAUAAUUUACAAUUCCGAGCCAUUAUUGUUACAAAAUAAUUAUUA